UCGAACCGAACAACAGCGCAAGUACAGGACAACGCCAGCUGGCAAGGAGAGAAAAAAAGAUGGCCGGCGCCGGCGGGAGACACAGAGGCUGCAGGGUCGCAGAGGCGAGGGUGCAGAGGUGAGGGGAGGGAUGAAGGACGGAGUCCUCGUGGCCGCGGCGCACGCGCGGGACGCGGCAUUGCGCAUUGUCGCG